UGGCCUCGCUGUUCUGUCUUCUCUUCUUCUUUCUCUCUCUCUCUCUCUCUCUCUCAAUUCAUACAACAAUCAUGGCGGAGGCUUUCGAUUACGACACUUGCUUAGGGUUUAAACGUAGAAUCUCACAACUCUCCGAUAUCAAAAUCAUCAAUCAACCAACUCUUCUUGAAGACCAACACUCCAAUUCUCCCUCCCCUGAACCACAACAACAGCCCUCUGAGAUCGUUUCUUCAUCGAAAGCGGAGAGCGAAACUGAAAAUGGUCUCUUGAAGAAGCCUAAGUGCGCUUCAUCCAAUGAAUCUGAGCCCAAAGUUGUUGAAAAAAAGCAAGAAACUGAAGAAGAAGAAGAAGACAAUCUGGGUGAUGAAGGAGAGUUGGAUUGUCGGCUGGUCAAUGAAAAGGGGAAAGAAUUGAAGGACUGUGAGGUGGGUUUUUCUGGGAAUCGAGAAUUUGUCGAGUCCAAGAAGAGUUCUUGUUCAAGAUUGUCUGUCAAAGAAGUUCACAACAAGCACUCUGUUGUUGAAGAUUGGAACAAAUGUUUGGCCACUUCUUGCGUUGCUUUUGAUGAAAAUCAACCUGUAAGUUUCUUGAAAAGCAAAGAAGAAUCGAUUGCUGAUGUUAUGAUCCAUGUUUCAAAGUUCACCAAUUUCCACUGUAAAAGAGAGAAUAUGGGUGGUGAUGUCAAGAUCAACAAGGAACUUGAUAAUUCUUUGCGGGUUGUUGAUGGAAAUGGAAGUGUUUGUGAAGGAUUGUACAAAAUUGGAAAGAGGGUUGAGAAGGUCGGUGGUCUGAAAGGAAAUUGUGAGACUAAGAAGUGUUCUGUGAAGAUUGAAGUAAUUGAUGAAACAGCAGUGAUUGAGAUGACCUCUGCUUGUAAAAUUGGAAAUGGCAUUAGAAAGGAGAAGAAGGGGUUUGUGGGUUUUGCUAAACAUUCUGAGAGGAAUGUUAAGAAAAAUGUCAUGAAGCAAGAAAGAGAUGGAAAGAAAGAGAAAAUGCCUCAAAUACGGAAAAAGGGUGUGAAAACGAUGUCAGGGACAAAUGGAAAGGAUAAAUUGGUUCAAAAUUGCCGGGAAAAGAAAGGCAAUGAAGCCAAGAGAGCUUACUCAAGGGAGGAAAUGGAGGCCUUGAAGUUUGUAAAUUUAGAAGCACAGAGGAAGAUGUGGAUUGAAGUGUACUGUGGGCUUGCACCCACUGUGGCCAGAGAGUAUGAUGGUUUGAUUAAUUCUAAUCAUCAGAACCGCACCCUUUUUAGCUCUGAUACUCGGCAACAAUUUGGGAAGAAGGAAAUGACCUCUGGGGUUCUUGGUGUGGUGGCUGCAAAGGGAAGAGGGAACCAUCUCAAAAUCUAUGUGCACUGAAGAAGAGUGGCAUAAAGGAAUCUGCCAAAAACUUUGCGCAAGAUGAUACCCAAAACAUAUCUCAUGUUCGUGUGUACUUUAGGCACAUGAUAGGUCAAGUUGUGUAUAUUACCUGUGCACAUUGCUUGUAAAUUCAUGUCUUUCUAUGCACUCUCUCUGUGCAUGCAAAUUCUCGCUGUUCAGUAGUUUAGAUGUAAUGUAAUUGCUAAAAUGAAAAUGGUAGUGGAACUUGUUAAUGAAAUUCAAUGUUCAAAUACUUGUUACUGGAAUGGGAAAAAUUAUUCAA